AUGGCAGGCCAGCUUGGAGCCAUGACCCCACUGCAGCACCUGAGUUCGAAAUCGUAUAUGGAUAAAGACAUGGAAGCAUAUGAGCAAAUUCUUGAACUUGGCAGAGGAGGAGCGGGUGUCGUCUUGCUGAUGAGACACAAAGAAACAAAGAAAUUCUAUGCUGUGAAGAAAAUAGAAGUUGACAACUCUCGAAAAACAAAGUGCAAAGACAACGUACUGCAAGAGGCUGAAAUUCUGAGGAAUCUGAGACACCCCCAUAUUGUGACAUGGAGCAACACGUUCUUUGAUCCAGAAAAAAAGCACAUCUACAUUGCUAUGGAUUACUGUGAUGGUGGGACGCUGGAUGAGCAGAUUAAAGGCAGAAAGGCAGAAGAAUAUUUCUCAGAGUCUGCUGUUAUGAAAUGGUUUGUGCAGAUCGUCAUGGCGGUCAGUUAUAUUCAUUCUGUCAGAAUUCUGCACAGAGAUAUUAAGCCCUCCAAUGUACUGCUAACAAAAAGGGGGAUGAUUAAGUUGGGAGAUUUUGGAAUAUCAAAGAUCAUGAACCACACACUGGACAUGGCUUCCACAUGCGUAGGGACACCCAGCUACCUCAGCCCUGAACUGUGCCAGGAUGUUCCAUACAGCACCAAAUCUGAUAUAUGGGCCCUUGGCUGCUUACUGUAUGAGAUCUGUGCACUUAAACCAGCUUUUAUUGCUAAGAAUCUCCUGAGUUUGUUUUAUAAGAUUAUCAAGGGUGAAUACAGCUUGGUGCCUGCUGGCUACUCGGAUAACCUUCACACACUGAUCAAGAAGAUGCUGUGCUUGCUUCCUGAAAACAGACCAAGUGCUAGCUGCAUUCUGGCCACGCCCUCUGUGAAGGAACAUCUGGAACUGUUUAUUCAGCAUCAAGAGACAGAAUUGACAAAGGUUAAUACUGAUCCCAUACCUGCUCAGAGCGAAGAUACCACAUUAACCUGGAACGACAGUGUUCGCAUUGAAGUGCCUGAUUUGCAUGAAGCUGAGAAUAUGGAAGAAAACGGUCAAGUGCCUGUUAUUGUAGAGGACGAAGUGACACAUGCUGGGACUGAGUCCGAAUAUUCAGAAGACUUUGAUGAAAAUGACAGCAUGUCGUCCAUUGAAGAUUAUUCAAAGAAGAAUUCCUCCCCCUCUAGUUUAGAGCAUGGAGGAGUUGCAGAAGGGCUGCAUGUUCUUCCUGAAGAUAUGGAUGCUUGUGAGUACUCUGAUGACUUUGAGGAUGAGGACGAGUUGGCUGAAGUGGUGAGCUGUGCUCGAAAUGCCAUAGAGACUCUUUCAGGAGGUGAUUCUCUUGAGCUGAAAGACAACAAUGGUCCAUUGGUCACUGUGAGAACUCUGAGAGAGAAGUACAUUGAGAAUGUUGGUCCUUUACUUUAUGAAGAGAUCAAUGAACAUUUUGUGAAUGGCUUGAAACCGGAGGACCUUCAGCCACAGUUCCAGCACAUAGUAGGAACCGACCAUCUGGAGACCUGCUACCUCAUAUUCAACAUUGACCAAGAGACCACGUGUUAAGCAU